AUGGAUAAUUACACCCAAAUUAAAGAUAUGAGGCCAGGACUGAAAAACGUUAAUGUCGUGUUUAUUGUGCUCGAUGUUGGACCACCUACGUUAACUAAAGAAAACCGUGAAGUGAGGACUUUUAAAGUGGCUGAUCAGAGUGCGUGUAUCAAUGCCAGCAUUUGGGAUGAAGCAAGUCAACUUUUAAUACCUGGAGACAUAGUGAAACUAACCAAAGGAUAUGUGUCUAUAUGGCGGAACUGCCUCACACUCUACACUUCAAAAGGAGGAGAUUUACAAAAAAUAGGCGAAUUUUGCAUGGUAUUUAAUGAGCAGCACAAUAUGAGUGAACCGAGCCAAGCUUUCCCACCAACAUGUGGACCACCAAACAGUUUAACGAUGAACAAUGGGACGAAUAAUGGAGCUGGAAGGGUUGGAGCACCUGCACAGAAUUUGACCACCACUACACCACCCCUUGUACAACAUAAUAAUGUUGCUGGAACUGCCAAGGCUACCUCAAACAGUAGUACAAGACCAGUUGGAAAUGGACCUGCUUUGGAAAAUCAAAAACGUCAAAGAGGCUCAAGAGGAGGACAACAUAGAAAUAGACACAACACUACUAGAACAACUUAA